GGAGUUGAGAUGCAGAGGCUGGAGGCUCGCGCGGCUCGCUGGAGUUCUUCUGCGUGGUAGAGGGAACUCCAGAUAAUCCCCUCUCCUCCAGCAGUGUUCCCACACUCGCCUCUGAAACACCAUGUUCAACUCCAUGACCCCACCACCAGUCAGUAGCUAUGGAGAACCCUGCUGCCUCCGGCCUCUCCCCAGUCAAGGGGCCCUCAGCAUGGGGACAGAAGGACUGUCUGGUAUGCCCUUCUGUCACCAGGCCAACCUCAUGUCCGGCCCCCACGGUUAUGGGCCAGCCAGAGAGACCAACAGCUGCACUGAGGCCCCACUCUUUCCUCCUCCCCGGAGCGCGGUCAAGUUGACCAAGAAGCGGACCCUCUCCAUCUCACCUCUGUCCGAUGCCAGCCUGGACUUGCAGACGGUCAUCCGCACCUCGCCCAGCUCCCUUGUGGCCUUCAUCAACUCGCGAUGCGCCUCUCCAGGGGGCUCCUACGGCCACCUCUCCAUCGGCACCAUGAGCCCAUCCCUGGGGUUUCCACCCCAGAUGAAUCACCAAAAAGGGACCUCACCUUCCUUUGGGGUCCAGCCCUGUGGCCCCCAUGACCCUACCAGGGGUGGAAUGAUGCCACAUCCUCCUCAGGCCCUGGAGCCCCCCCCAGCCUGUCAGCUCAAGUCUGAGCUGGACAUGCUGGUGGGCAAGUGCCCGGAGGAGCCCUUGGAAGGUGACAUGUCCAGCCCCAACUCUACAGGCACACAGGACCCCUUGCUGGGCAUGCUAGAUGGGCGGGAGGACCUGGAGAGGGAGGAGAAGCCAGAGCCUGACUCCGUGUAUGAGACAGACUGUCACUGGGAUGGCUGCAGCCAGGAAUUCGACUCCCAGGAGCAGCUGGUCCACCACAUCAACAGUGAGCACAUCCACGGGGAGCGGAAGGAGUUCGUGUGCCACUGGGGGGGCUGCUCCAGGGAGCUGCGGCCCUUCAAGGCCCAGUACAUGCUGGUGGUGCACAUGCGCAGACACACGGGCGAGAAGCCACACAAGUGCACGUUUGAAGGGUGCCGGAAGUCAUACUCACGCCUGGAGAACCUGAAGACGCACCUGCGGUCCCACACAGGCGAGAAGCCAUACACGUGUGAGCGGGAGGGCUGCACCAAGGCCUUCAGUAACGCCAGCGACCGGGCCAAGCACCAGAACCGGACCCACUCCGACGAGAAGCCCUAUGUGUGCAAGCUCCCUGGCUGCACGAAACGCUACACCGAUCCCAGCUCGCUUCGAAAACACGUCAAGACGGUGCAUGGUCCUGAUGCCCACGUGACCAAGCGGCACCGGGGAGACGGCCCUCUGCCCCGGGCAUCGUCCCUAGCCACAGUAGAGCCCAAGAGGGAGCGGGACGGAGGCCCCCUCCGGGAGGAGAGCAGACUGGCCGUGCCUGAGGGUGCCAUGAAGCCACAGCCCAGCCCCGGGGCCCAGUCAUCCUGCAGCAGCGACCAUUCUCCGGCAGGCAGCGCGGCCAAUACAGACAGCGGGGUGGAAAUGGCGGGCAAUGCCGGGGGCAGCACUGAGGACCUGUCCAGCCUGGACGAAGGGCCUUGCAUGGCUGGCACUGGUCUGUCUACCCUCCGUCGCCUGGAGAACCUCAGGCUGGACCAGCUGCAUCAGCUCCGCCCCAUAGGGCCCCGGGGCCUCAAACUGCCCAGCCUGCCCCACACCGGGACACCCGUGUCUCGCCGCCUGGGCCUCCCCGUCUCUCUUGACCGCCGAAGCAGCAGCUCCAGCAGCAUCAGCUCGGCCUAUACGGUCAGCCGCCGCUCCUCCCUGGCCUCCCCUUUCCCCCCUGGCUCCCCACCCGAGAACGGGCCCUCUUCUCUUCCCGGCCUCACACCUGCCCAGCAGUACCUGCUCCGGGCAAGGUAUGCUUCAGCCAGGGGAGUCAGCACCCCACCGACUGCAGCUUCCAGCCUGGACCGGGUGGGGAGUCUCCCUGCACCUCCUUGGAGAAGCCGAGUCGAGUAUCCAGGCUACCACCCCAAUGCAGGGGUCACCCGAAGGGCCAGUGACCCGGCCCGGGCUGCCGAUCGCCCUGCUCUAGCCAGGGUCCAGAGGUUCAAGAGCCUGGGCUGUGUCCACACGUCGCCCACUGUGGCAGGGGUGGUACGGAACUUUGAUCCCCACCUCCCCACCUCCGUCUACUCACCACAGCCUCCCAGCAUCACCGAGAACUUCACCAUGGAGACCAGAGGGCUACGCGAAGAUCCAGAGGUCGGGGCUUCCAUGAUGGGCAGUGGGCUGAACCCCUACAUGGACUUCCCCCCUGCUGACACCCUGGGAUACGGGGGACCAGCGGGGACAGCCGUUGAGCCUUAUGGAGCCAGGGGCCCAGGCUCCCUGGCUUUUGGGCCUGGUCCACCGACCAAUUACAGCCCUAGUCCCUGCCCCCAGCAGGUCUCCUAUCCUGACCCCAGCCCCGAAUCAUGGAGUGACUUCCCCUCCCCCUCCGGGCUGUACCCAGGUGUCAAGGCUCCGGCUGGGCCCUACAGACAGUGUCCAAGACUUGAACAUUAUGGGCAAGUACAGGUCAAGCCGGAACAGGGGUGCCCGGUGGGCUCCGACUCUACAGGACUGGCACCCUGCCUCAAUGCCCACCCCAGUGAGGCCCCCACCCAUCCCGAGCCCCUGUUCUCCCAUUACCCACAGCCUACCCCGCCCCCGUACCCCCAAGCAGUCCCCUUUGCCCAGCCAGCCCCUGACUAUCCACCUUCAGAGCCCAGGUCUGGCCUGCACUUUGACUCGCCCCCUCACUCCACAGGACAACUCAAAGCCCAGCUUGUGUGUAAUUAUGUUCAGUCUCAACAGGAGCUGCUGUGGGAGGGGGGCAGUAGGGGUCAGCCCCCAGUCCAGGAAACUCCUUACCAGAACCCCAAGUUUCCAGGCGGCUCUCAGGUUAGCCCAAGCCCCGCCAAGGCCUCUAUGGCCACAUAUGGACCUGGCUUUGCACCCAAUUUGUCCCAUCAUAAGUCGGGCCCCUUUCCCACCCCUUUACAGUGCCAUGAAAAUUUUGGGGGGGCCAACAGGGCUCCCCACAGGGCAGCUGCACCACCCCGCCUUCUCCCACCACUGCCCACUUGCUACGGGCCCCUCAAGGCUGGGGGCUCCAAUCCUAGCUGUGGCCAUCCUGAGGUGGGCAGGCUGGGGGUGGGCCCUGCCUUGUACCCUCCUCCGGAAGGGCAGGUGUGUAACCCCUUGGACUCUCUUGACCUUGACAACACUCAGCUGGACUUUGUGGCUAUUCUGGAUGAGGCCCAGGGGCUCAGUCCUCCCCCUCCCCACGAUCAGGGGGCCAGUUCUGAACAUAGCCCGCCAGCCUCUGGGCCUCCCAACAUGGCCGUGGGUAACAUGAGUGUCUUACUGGGAUCUCUGCCUGGGGAGACUCAGUUCCUCAAUUCCAGUGCCUAAAGAGUGGGGAAUGUCACCUGUCACAGGUCCUCACUUCCUAGUGGUUCUCAUGCUCCUCCCACCAAGCAGAGGAGGUGGGGGGAGGCUUGCACCAUCUCCACUGUCCCCUGCACAGGAAACUCCAAGGAUGAAAGGUGUGGGCCGGGGCUAUAUAUAGUCUGUAUAUAUUUGGGGGAGGAAUUUGAUAAUGACACUAUUUCCUGGUAAUAAAAGAACUGCAUCA